CGCCGAGAAUCACACGUGUUUCAAAAUGGACUCUUUCUACAUGUUUGAGUGGUGAAGUGUUUUUCUGCGAGUGUUUAGCCAGGGUUUCUCGGUUAAACCUUUUUUGAGAAAGCUGUCGUAUUUCUUAAUUAGGAAGUAGUUGGAAUUCGCACAAUAAUGGCUCAAAGGAAGAAGAAACUAACCAAAAAGAAGAGACAUGGACCACCCCACGGCCAAAACAGAGGACCAGAGGUGGACUCGGACGAGGGAGAUUUUGAGCUUACUACUGAAUUCAACGACGAUGCUGCCAGUAGAAAACUUCCAAGGUUCCCUGCACCAUCGGACGCCCUGUCUGAUGUGGAACCAGACACCAGAGAACUGGUCCGGGCCCAGAAUAAAAAGCAGAAGAAGUCCGGAGGGUUUCAAUCCAUGGGCCUAAGCUUCCCGGUCUUUAAAGGUGUCAUGAAGAAGGGAUAUAAAGUUCCCACUCCUAUUCAGAGAAAGACUAUCCCAGUCAUCCUGGACGGGAAAGAUGUAGUGGCCAUGGCGAGGACUGGUAGUGGUAAGACGGCGGCGUUCCUAGUGCCCAUGUUUGAGAAGCUGAAGGCCCCACAGGCCCAGACAGGAGCCAGGGCUCUGGUCCUCACCCCCACCAGAGAACUGGCCCUCCAGACCAUGAAGUUCACCAGAGAGCUUGGGAAAUUUACAGGGCUGAAAAUUGCCCUAAUUCUUGGAGGAGACAGUAUGGAAGAACAGUUUGCUGCCCUCCACGAGAAUCCUGACAUCAUCAUUGGUACCCCUGGUCGUCUGAUGCACGUCGUCAUGGAGAUGAACCUGAAGCUGCAGAGUGUGGAGUAUGUGGUGUUUGAUGAGGCUGACAGGUUGUUUGAGAUGGGCUUUGCAGAGCAGCUGCAGGAGAUCAUUCGUCGGCUCCCGGACACACGGCAGACCCUCCUCUUCUCUGCCACACUGCCCAAACUGCUGGUGGAGUUUGCACGUGCAGGACUGACAGACCCUACUCUGGUUCGUCUGGAUGUGGACACCAAGCUGAGUGACCAGUUGAAGCUGUCCUUCUUCCAGGUGCGUCUGGACGAUAAGCCGGCCAUGCUGCUGUCUCUGCUGAGGACGGUGGUGAAGGCCCAGGAGCAGACUGUGGUCUUCGUGGCCACCAAACACCACGUGGAGUACAUCAAAGAGAUGCUGAUAUCGCAGGGCAUCGAGGUUGCCUACAUCUACAGUGCCCUGGACCAGACGGCCAGGAAGAUCAACAUUGGCCGCUUUGUGCACCGCAAGGCCAUGGUGCUGCUGGUCACAGACGUGGCCGCUCGUGGUAUCGACAUCCCCAUGCUGGACAACGUCAUCAACUACAACUUCCCCUCCAAAUCCAAACUCUUCCUGCACAGAGUGGGUCGUGUUGCUCGAGCGGGCCGCGGUGGUGCAGCCUACAGCCUGGUGUGUCCAGACGAGGUGCCGUAUGUCUACGACCUCCACCUCUUCCUGGGCAGACCCAUCCAGUUGGCCCUGCCUGACCACCAGAAAGACGCGGAUGGUGUGUUUGGCCGCGUGCCUCAGAGUCUCCUUGACGACGAGGAGGGUCAGCUGAUCACGGCGCUUGAGAACUCUGUGGAGCUGGAGAACCUGAAGCGCAUCGCGGACAACGCCUACAAGCAGUACCUCAAGUCCCGGCCCAGCCCCGCCCCCGAGUCCGUCAAGCGCGUCAAGCACACAGACUUCUCCACCAUGGCUGUGCACCCUCUGCUGGGGUCUGGCCUAGAGCAGGUGGAGCUGGAGAGGUUGCAGAUGGUGGACCACAUCAAGGGCUACAAGUCUAAAGCUACGAUCUUCGAGAUCAACGCCACCAACAAGACGAGUGCGAGCGAGGUGAUGAGAAACAAGCGUCGCCGGGACACGAAGCGGGUCAACACGUUCGCCCGCUCUCGAGAGGAGCGCCUGGCGGAGCAGCAGCUGCACACGCCGACCCCACACUCAUCUGUCACCCGCAACAGCGAGGACGAGCAGGAGGAAGAGGAGGACAUCCAGGGUGUGUUUGCUGAGGUGGUGGGAGGCAAGCGUAAGAAACCGUCGGUAGGAGAGGAGAACGCGGAGCAGCCCAAGGGCAAGAAGAACCGUGAGUCGGGCAAGGACGAGGAGUUCUACAUUCCAUACCGGCCCAAAGACUUCAACUCCGAGAGAGGGCUGAGUCUGACCGGCGAGGGCACUACGUUUGAACAGCAGGCAUCCACAGCAGUGCUGGACCUGAUGGGAGAUGAGAACGCCACCCUCACCCAGCACAAGAGCAUCAUGAAAUGGGACCGCAAGAGGAAGCGUUUUGUGCGCGACACGGGCAAGGAGGACAAGAAGAAGAAGGUGCGGCUGGAGAACGGCCAGGUGGUCAGCACCCACAAGAAGAAGAGCCACUAUGAGCAGUGGAAGAAGAAGAACAAGAUGGACGAUGACGACGCUGACUCAGACAGAGAGUAUGGAGGAGGUCGAGGAGGAGGGCCGAUGGGAGGCCGUGGAGGUCGGCGAGGUCGGGGUGGUCCUGGGGGCCGUGGUGGCCGUGGCGGUGGUGGCCGUGGCGGUGGCCCUCAGAUGGGUGCAGACGGGAAGCCCGUCCGCUCAGAGCUGAAGAGCCGGGAGCACAUCCUGAAGCAGAGGAGGAAGCAGGACAAGCAGAAGUUCCUGCAGAGCGGCGGCAUGAAGAAGCUGCGCAGCAAGGGCCGGCAGAACCUCAACAACGUCAUGAAGUCCGGCUUCGGCAGAGGAGGACAGAAGAAGGGCAAGAUGAGGAAGAAGAUGUGAGGAUCAUGGGCAAAUAUGUAAAAUAUCUUUCAUAUGUCUGUGGCGAGGACGUGUGGAUGUGUUUGUGGUCCGUGUUUGGCAGAGAGGAGCAAAAGAAUGGAAAGAGCAGAAAGAAGAUCUGAGGAAAGGGGGCAUCCUCUCCAUGUGUAUGUGUGGGAGAGAGACAGUGUGUGUGUAUGUGUGUGUGCGCGCCUUACUGUGCGCGCCUUUUUUGGGGAGAGUCACGGUCCUUUCAUACAUUUGUGGACUUUAUGACUGGUCUGGUUCUCUGCGUACAGACAAGAAGUUUGAUAGUGAGAGUGGGUGCUCCACUGCCUCACCCCCUGCUGUAAGACUCUGGUGGUGGUUCUCACACCAAGAUCACAGGACAUUAACAGAAGACACGAUAUGAUAACGGUUGACACCGUUUCUCCUGUGACCUUAGUAACAUCUUGUCACGGUCUAUUUCUCAGUGAUAUUAUAUUAUGCGAUACAGAUAAAAUAUGCUUGAGUUUUUAACUGUGUAGUUGCUUUCAGUAUGAUUUUGUGCCAAGACGAAAGUUUGUACACCCAUCCAAUGAAGUCAUUGGUUUUGAAAAGAUGUCAAAUAAAUAUGUAAAUGAGGAAACAGU